AUGAUUCCAUCUAGAAAGGCUCUGGAUAGCCUGGCACAAUCUCUCGAGGAGUGUCGUUCGGUCCUUCGGCGGCUCUACCCAAAUCAUGACGUUUCUGCACUUCGCUCCCUGGACAAGCAGGAGCUGAUCAACCUCUUGGCUCAAUCACAAUGUGCUUCGUUGAGCGACCCUCUUCCAUCACCACCUCUCGAAUCGUCAUUCCCCAAGAGUGGCACACCCAUGAUGGGAUCCGACUCCCUCUUGGAACUGCAGACAUCUCUGGAAGCUGAUCUAGACUCGCUCAUUGGUGAGCUCGAGUUCGAGGUUCCAUCAGAGCAAAGAGAAGCCAACGAGGAAGCAAAUUACCUCACACAACAAUCUUGGUGGGACUUUGGCUCAAGACAAUGGAGCUCAGUAUCUGUACCGCACAUGAUGGAGGGUCAACCUUACGGGCAUGAUAUGGUGACUCCCGGGCAGCACUCGAUGUAUGAGGAGUCGCGUGCCAUUUACGGCUCACUGGAGAUGAGUGUCGGAGAGAACUUAGCGACCGUGCUCUGUCAUAUAUUCUGCGUAGAAUGUGCCCAACAACUCGGUGUAACAGGACAAGACGCCGAGCGCCGCAAUACAUGUCCUGCCUGCGAAUCGCAACUCACCAAGCCUGACGACGCCGUCAUCACGAACCUGAAUCCGAGCGAAGACUACAAGACCAGUGUUCUCAGUGGCUUAAGUCCCAACGUCAUCAUGGAGUGUGCCGGUCGAGCUCUUAGCUUCUGGGCCUACCAGACCGCGCAAAACAUCUAUUACCAGCAGUAUUUAUACAGGACACUCACCGACAAGUACUCGAACCUUGGUAUCCGUCUCGAAAAGACUGUAAGCGAUGCAACCACAGAGAUUGAAGGGCUUCAGCACAAGAUGUCAACAGGCCUAGCGGCAGAGCAGGAAAGUUUGCGGCGAAAGCACGAGGAAGUUUCUCAAGCAUACAAGGAGAAAAGUCGUAAAGUUCUACAAUUACAGGAGCUAUAUGACAAAGUCAAACGGAGGGCCGAGCUUGGCCAGAUUCAGAAGGCUGCCUCCGAUGCUGUAGAUCAUACCUUGCAGGCAACGCAGCUCGAUCAGGGCUACGCUGGUAAUAUGACAGCCCCAAACAAUGUCGAGAAUAACCAUACCCUGGCAUUUGGGCAAAACCACCGGAUUGACAUCUCUGGGAUGAAUACAGCUGCCGCACGAAACUAUCCGAAUGUGGGAAGAGAAGGAACUCAAUGGUCGCGACUUGGAGGAUCGGUGCAUCGGGACACCGCUGGGCCAUCUAUCGGCGGACUUCGACGAGCAGGCAUCGGCGCAUCAACGUCACAGCAAGGCACAAUUCUACCGACUCUGACAGGCGCACCUAUAUCGGGGUUUGGUGGAGCGAGGCAGCCACCGAAGAGUUUUGCUCCCAGUUUCAUCAAUCAUCGUGGUAACCUGGCCGGUGUCGGCUUGACAUCUGGUAUCAAAGUCAGCCAAGCGAACAAUGCACCAACCUUGGAUGUUCCAACGAGACACAUGUAA